AUGGAGCCAUUAUGGAAGCUAGCCUAUUUACUUGAACCCUCCUCAAUCACUCUUUUCCUAACUGCUGUCUUAGUUUCAUAUGCCUCGGCCUCUCGAGCCCUAAACUAUGGGAAGGAAAUGGAAAGAAACCGUGACCUUUCGGAAGCUUCCAUCACCUUAGACCGUUCUCAGGCACUAAUGAUUCCCAUAAUGAGCUCUUUUAGCUUGCUUCUCAUGUUCUACCUAUUCCCUUCUGUCUCUCAGCUCCUCACAGCCUUCACGGCAGUUGCCUCUACAUCGGCUCUGUACUUUUGCCUCUCACCGUAUGUGGCUCAAAUCAGGUCCAGAUUCGGGCUGCCCGACCCUUAUCUGUCACGUUGCUGUACAAAAUCGGUCACGAGAAUCCAAACGCUAUUACUCGUUACAUGUGUUGGAUUUGUCGUGUCAUGGCUGGUGACAGGUCAUUGGAUAUUGAACAAUUUGUUGGGUAUUUCCCUUUGCGUGGCUUUUGUGAGCCAUGUUCGGUUGCCGAAUAUCAAAAUUUGCGCCAUGCUGCUUUUUUGUCUGUUUUUAUACGAUAUAUUUUGGGUUUUUUAUUCGGAGAGGUUUUUCGGUGAGAAUGUGAUGGUCUCGGUUGCAACCCAACAGGCGUCUAACCCUGUUCAUACGGUGGCCGAUAGCCUGAGCCUUCCCGGGCUGGGGAUGAUUACGAAAAAGCUCGAGCUUCCGGUUAAGAUUGUUUUUCCGAGGAAUAUGUUGGGAGGUGGGGUCCCAGCAAACAAUGUUUCCGAUUAUAUGAUGCUUGGCCUUGGUGACAUGGCUAUUCCCUCUAUGCUUUUGGCGCUUGUCCUUUGUUUUGACCAUAGGAAAAGCCGAGACCCUUCAAUUGACUUGGACUUCCAAUCUUCAAAAGGGUUCAAAUACUUCAAGCACGCCCUUUUCGGGUAUGCAGUUGGACUGCUUACAGCCUUGGCAGCUGGUAUCUUAACACACUCACCUCAACCGGCUCUCUUGUAUUUGGUCCCGUGCACUUUGGGGCCGGUGGUUAUCCUGUCUUGGAUGAAAAAUGAGCUCUUUGAGCUGUGGGAAGGAGGUACAACCGACGUUAAUGAGAAGAUUCAUCUGACAGAAGUAUGA